AUGUUAAUGUUUGACAAUAACGGGGCUUUCAAGUGCUGUAAUUCUGGACAGAACAGUCAAAAUACAUCUGAUGUCGCUCUUUAUCAGUUCUAUUCGCAAGGCGCCGUGCAAGCAAGUUUCAAUUUGGUCGAAGGGCAGUACUACCCAAUAAGAGUCACAUAUGCUAAUGCUCUGGAGGUGGCAAGGCUCCAGUUAUCCGCAACCCUUCCUGACGGAACUGUCAAAACAACUUUCGAGGAGGUCUACUAUUUCCCAGACAGUGCAACUGGAACAAGCGCAUGCAGUGCCGUGCUGACAACCAAGCAGUAUGCAGGGACCACGGUGUCAACUUCCACAGGCUCAGGUCCAACUACCACUGUUUACGUUUACUACCCUUACUCUUCAUUCUUCAGCACGUACACGGGAUCGGUUGAUAGCACGACUUUCUUGACAAAUUCUCAGGGCUCGACGACAGAAGAGGAGAUUUUAGUGACAUCUCAAGCAACACCAACGACGACAGUCCCGUGGACUGGGAGCUAUAGUUCAACCAGCUAUAUCACAAACAGUGCUUCAAAGACUACUGAAGCCGUCGUGUAUGCUCCUAUUUCAAGCGUGACCACGGACUGGACUGGGAGCACCACACUCACUUCAUAUGCUAAGGACAGUGCUGGGCAAACGUCUGAGGUCUUUAUCUUGACUCCUCUACCUUCCACGAAAUCCACCACCAUUCCUUGGACCGAAACAUACAACUUAUACUCUCGGCUCACAGACUCUCAGGGUCACACCACCGAAGUUCAGCUUUUGACGCCCGUCCCACACACCACUACUGCGUGGACGGGCUCAACGACUAGUACUUCUGUGAUAACAGACUCUAACGGUUACCCUAGUAUUGUUGAGGUGCUCACGCCUAUUAGAGUCACCACGUCUUAUCGUCAAGGGACUGGCAGCUCAACUAGAACUUUCUCCACGGGACUUACGACCUUUACUGGUUCCGACGGUGUUUCCACUUCAGAGACCAUUUACUAUGUUGAGACUCCGGUAAGAUCCACAAUAGCUUACAGUGGAUGGACAGGUUCCAGCACAUCGACUUACUCAACUGGUGUCACUACCUUCACUGGAUCGGAUGGUAUUCCAACUACGCAGACCAUCUACUACGUCGAGACACCAGUCGUAGCUACCACGAUGUACAGUGCUGGCAGUGUAUCUGCUGCUACGACCUACUCAACCGGCAAGACUACAUUCACGGGUAGCGACGGCCUUCCAACCACGCAGACCGUCUACUACGUCGAGACUCCUGCUUUAGCCACCACGAUGUACACUGCUGGCAGUGUCUCUGCUACUAGGAUCUACUCAACGGGUGUCACUACCUUCACUGGAUCUGACGGCCUUCCAACCACGCAGACCGUCUACUACGUCGAGACUCCUGCUUUAGCCACCACGAUGUACACUGCUGGCAGUGUCUCUGCUACUAGGAUCUACUCAACGGGUGUCACUACCUUCACUGGAUCUGACGGCCUUCCAACCACGCAGACCGUCUACUACGUUGAGACACCAGUCGUAGCUACCACGAUGUACAGUGCUGGCAGUGUCUCUGCUGCUACGACCUAUUCAACUGGUGGCACCACCUUCACGGGAUCCGACGGCCUUCCAACAACGCAGACCGUCUACUACGUCGAGACUCCGGCAAGAUCCACAAUAGCUUACAGUGGAUGGACAGGUUCCAGCACAUCGACUUACUCAACGGGUGUCACUACCUUCACGGGAUCGGAUGGUAUUCCAACUACGCAGACCAUCUACUACGUCGAGACACCAGUCGUAGCUACCACGAUGUACAGUGCUGGCAGUGUCUCUGCUGCUACGACAUACUCAACCGGCAAGACUACAUUCACGGGUAGCGACGGCCUUCCAACCACGCAGACCGUCUACUACGUUGAGACACCAGUCGUAGCUACCACGAUGUACACUGCUGGCAGUGUCUCUGCUGCUACGACAUACUCAACCGGCAAGACUACAUUCACGGGUAGCGACGGCCUUCCAACCACGCA